CAUAAUAAUCAUCAUCACUAUCAACACCAACAACUAUACCCACACUCGGCCAUCGGCUACGAGUCCCAGGGCUAUCAUUCAUUGGACAACACAACGACAUCAACGGGUCGGCGGCGGCAACGGGACUGCCGGCCAUACAGUGUACGUGCGCUUCGUUACCAUCGUCGUCGACGCCGCCACCGUUACCAUUGCCGUCCUCAUCAUCAUCAGUGGACAGUUAUCAUGUGGACGGCCGGUCCCUAUUCAAAGAGUUUAUCAAAGAAAACUCGAUGAGCGUCUGGAAUCCCUAUCUGAUCAGUUGUCUAUCACAGCUAGAGUUUCAGGGAUUUCUUCAGCCGUCGACACUGUUGAUCGGCGGAACCGACUUUUGUCUGGAAGUAAUUCGGUCGCAAUGGUCUCGCCGUGUAUUGCGAUCGCCGAAAGGUUUUCAAAUCGACUUUAUUGGCGAUAUUUCAUACAUUGAGACAUCGGUAGUAAAUCAAACCCAAUUCACACCGUUAUCGGAGGCACUGUGCAAAUGCGUUAAUGAACUUAAUGUUAGACAUAUUAGGGCCACAUUUGAUCUAAUUGUUAGACGAUUGCAACAGGAGUUCCCAAAUAUGGAACUACCGGCCGAUAAAGUGCUGAAACAAUCGCUGAAAUCGUUGGUCCAAAACAAGAAACUCUUCUACGAUAUACAUAGCGAUUGUUUUACAGCAUUGGCGCCGACCUAUCGUUACGAUGGCGGCGGUGGCGGUGGUGUUGGUGGCGGUGGUGGUAACAACUCGAUUGAAGACUUGGAAAGUCUUGAAAUGCAAAAGCAUAUGUUGGUUACCGGUGAGGAAGCGUUUACCCGAUUGCAUGGGAAGUCUGGAUCGACACAUUGCGGUGGCGGYGGCGGCGGUUCAGAGGAGAGYUCCAGCAAGAAGUCGUGGGCUACUCCGCAGCCGACCGUUAUCGGCGGCGAUGAUUAUCAUCGAAAACGAUUGUCGUUGGCCUCGGCCACCAUCACUACCAACAAUAAUUCGGUUAGUUUGCAGCAAAAGUCCAAUACAUUAUCGGACGGCAAACGACAAUCACCACAACAACAACAACAACARCAGCAGAAGUCAAGUUUACCACUGAGUUCAUCGUUAAGAAGAAGUGCUUCYCUGAGACUGGAAUCAAACAAAAACAAAUCGGUCAACAACUAUACGGAUCAAUCGUCGCCGUCGCCGACGCCGAGAAUGUCGGCAACAUUCAAACGAAGCCGUAGUUUCAAACUUAGCCGCAAAAAACAUGAACUCUUCGAACCAAAUGUUGUCGAAUCGUUGAGCACUUCCACCACUGCUUCGGAGUCGACCACAACCACAUCGGACAGCUAUAAGAGCAAUAAAGACGAUACACACCACAGAAAGCAAUCGGUUUUAAGCAAAUUUCUACGAUUGGGUAGUCAUAGUGGCGGUGGCAGUGGUACGGCCAACACAUCCAAAUCAUCGACGCCGGCGGCCAAAUCGUCGACCAAUUUUUCGGCUCAAUUUCCCGAAUUUAAUCACCAAUCAUACAAUAGUCAUCUAAACGGUUACAAUCAAUACUACUACAACAACAACAAYAACGGUGCCAUUGUUUCAUACAAUAAUGAUCACCUGAUGAUGAUUACCGAAACCAAAUCCAARGGUACGCAAACAAUAAAAUGCGGACCCGAAGACUAUACGGUUAUCAUCAAACAGGCCAGYCGUCAUGCACUGGCCAAAAAUAAUAAUAAUAAUAAUGGUGGUUCCCAUAAUCAUCAUCAUCAUAGUAAGCAUACUAAUCAUAAAGAUAAUGGUGCUAAUAAUGGUGCUAAUCAUCAUCAUAAGGAUAAACAUAAUCGCUGUAAUUGUUUAGAUAAUAGUAUGAAUAAUAAUAAUAAUAAUAUAAAUAAUAGAGACCUAACCACUAAUGGUAAGCAUCAUAAUCAUCAUCAGCCAAGAGUUAAUGGCAACAACAACAACAAGUCAUUAGCGUCUAAAUGCAAAUAUUAUGGCAACAAAUUAGAGCUGAUGCCCAUCGCUACCACCACUAACAAUACCAGUGCCAUCAUCAACAACAACAACAACACUAAUAGUGCCACUCCUAUAACCACUAGCAGUAGUAUCGCUCCCAUCAUCACUACUAAUACUGGUAACUCCUCAGCGGCUUCUCCUACUAUAACUAAUAUAGACGACUGUUUUAUCUGUACGUGUAAUUGCAACUGUUAUCCAMCAACAACAACAACAGCAACUGAGCUAAUCAGCCAUCAGUUGAUCAAUGAUGUUCAUCAUCAGCAACAACAACAGCAACAACUAAAACACGACAUCACUAAUAACAGUCACAUUAAUCAGACUAAUAAUAAUAAUACUAAUUAUUGGUCUAAAUCUAAUCAACAAUUUCACAGACAAGUCAAUAAUAGCACCAAUAGAUAUGAUCACAAACAGCCAAUUAAGUCGACAACGACAACAACAAAUGAUGGAUUAAUAAAUGGUAAUUGCGAUCAAAGGAGAACAACAGCCUAUAAUAUGAGAAGCAAUUAUAGAGGAGACCAUCGACUGGUAGAUGAGGUACAACAACAUCAACAACAAGUGCCUGGGGUUCAGCUAAAAGACUAUCAACUUAUAGAUGUUGUCAACCCGUCAUCAUCAUCGUCAUCAUCAGCAGCAGUAGCAGCUCAGACACGCCAACAACAAUUGGCAACUAAUUACACUGAUGGUGGUAACAACAGUUCAGUCAAUGUCAGAAUAGAGACGACCACCACUACGAAAGUGGAGGACGACGGGGACGACAACGAUGAUCAACAACAAGGGGUUAGUUAUGGGAAAUCAACAGCGAUUGGCAAUAAUAGUCACGAAAACAGGAGUCACCAAACAUCCAGUACCACCACCACCACAUCCAAAGUGGUCACCAAUAAUACUACGGUAUUAUCUAAUGGCACGCAUAGUGGUGUUGGUGAUGGUGGUGUUGGCGCCGGUGACUAUGAACUCAUGGAUCCCAAGCAACACCCGAUCCUAACAGCUGCCACUACAGUCACGACAACUAUGACUUUGCCCAAUGAUUACACAAACAAUGGUUAUAGUAAUCAUAAUCAUAAUAAUAAUGAUAUUAAUAUUAAUGGUAUGCGUGUUAGUAGCAAUGGUAGCCAUAAUAAGAUUGAUUGGAUAGAUAGUAGUGUCAAUGACACUCAAACAAUAAUAGCCGAUGGUAUCAAAACUAUACGACUGGCCAACAAUAAUAAUAAUAAUAAUAAUGACAACAAUAAUAGACAACAAACUAAUCGUCACCACCUAAAUGAUAAACUGAUGGUCAAAUCGGUACCGCAUUUGAGUCCUAUUCGCCAAAAAGUGGCCAAAGCUAAGGCCGAGUUUUUCAACUCGACUACCCCUCAAACCCCGGUCACCAAACAUCGGUCACUAAACUAUUAA